AUGGCAACAAAUUCAACCACAACCCGGGCCGCCGCCCAGGGUAUCCUUCAAGGAGGAAACCCGUCUCAUUAUGACUCUUCCAACCCCAUAGUCAUGUUUAUCAUACAGGCGGGCAUUAUCAUCAUACUUUGCCGCCUGGUUCACUGGCCCCUCUCGAAGAUCCGUCAGCCCAGGGUCAUCGCAGAGGUAAUCAGUGGUAUUAUCCUGGGCCCGUCAGUAAUGGGACAUAUUCCCGGUUUCACCGAAACCAUCUUCCCGACAGCCAGCCUGCCCAGCUUGAGCGUCGUGGCAAAUCUGGGACUGAUCCUCUUUCUGUUCUUGGUGGGACUGGAGACAGACCUCCGCUUCCUCGUGAGUAACUGGCGUGUCGCGCUGAGUGUUUCAGCGGCUGGAAUGAUUCUGCCGUUUGCACUCGGCUGUGCCAUUUCAUAUGGACUUUACAACCAGUUCCACGAUGAUCCCGGAACGGUCCCUGUCGCCUUUGGCACAUAUCUUCUCUUCAUCGGUAUUGCGAUGGCUAUCACAGCAUUCCCUGUCCUGUGUCGUAUCCUGACGGAGCUGAAGCUUCUUGGCACCAAUGUUGGUGUCAUCGUUCUGUCAGCUGGUGUUGGAAAUGACGUUGUUGGCUGGAUCCUGCUUGCCCUGUGUGUGGCAUUAGUCAACGCGGGAAGCGGCAUCACUGCGCUUUAUGUGCUUCUCGUAGCAGCGGGAUAUGUGCUAUUUCUGGUGUUCGCGUUCCGCCCGCUUUUCAUCCGCUUCCUGGAACGAACCGGAAGCUUGCAAAAAGGCCCCAGUCAGUCGGUCGUGAUGCUUACCUUGCUACUGGCCUUGGCAUCCGCUUUCUUUACCCAAGUGAUUGGAAUCCAUGCCAUCUUUGGCGGUUUCCUUAUUGGACUAAUCUGUCCACACAAGGGGGGAUUUGCAAUCAAACUGACGGAAAAAAUUGAAGAUCUGGUAGCCGCCCUCUUCUUGCCGUUGUACUUCACCUUGUCUGGUCUCAGCACCAAUUUAGGCUUGCUCAAUACCGGAACUGUUUGGGGAUAUGUGGUGGGUAUCAUUGCUAUUGCCUUCACAGCCAAGGUCGCUGGUGGCGCAAUUGCCUCUCGCUUCUGUGGCAUGUUAUGGCGAGAAAGUUUCGCCAUUGGUGUUUUGAUGAGUUGCAAGGGACUUGUGGAGCUGAUUGUCUUGAAUAUCGGUCUGCAAGCCAAAAUCCUGAGCACCCAGACAUUCACCAUGUUUGUUGUCAUGGCGCUUGUCACCACCUUUAUGACAACUCCCUUGACUGUUUCCCUAUAUCCAAAUUGGUAUCAGAUUAAGGUUGCCCGUUGGCGUCGAGGGGAAAUCGACUGGAAUGACAAUUCCGUGCAGAAAGACGGCCGUUCAGAUAGCGUAUCUGCGGUCAAAGAACAGUUGACGACCGUGCCUGUGCGGAAGCUUCUCGUCUACCUUCGUCUUGAUGGUCUUUCUGGACUGUGCACUUUGGCUGCUCUCUUGAGUCCCAAUCGCGGAGAUGUGCCUUUGCCUCAGGUACAUCCAGGAAAGAAGUCCAAGCAAACCGAGCAGACCGUUGAAGAUGCAGACGAGUCAGUGGAUGAAACAACGGCUCUCCGAGUCCAUGGAGUUCGACUCAUGGAGUUGACAGAUCGAGACUCCAGUGUGAUGAAAGUUGCAGCUGGGGAUCAAGCACUGUGGGACCCGGUCGUCAACACAUUCCGCGCUUUUGGCGAGUGGCAUGAUCUUUCUCUUAUGGCCGGAGUAUCAGUUGUUCCCGAGUAUACUUAUGCUGAUACUGUGGUCAACAUGGCCCAUCAGGAUUCAUCAGACCUGCUUCUCCUACCAUGGAGUGAAACCGGAAUACUGGCUGACCGUCAUAAUGGGGUGGAGGUCAACCCCAGCGAUCGCUUCUCAAAUGGGGAAUAUGCAGGAUUUGUGUCGGAUAUUCUGAAGCGAGUUUCCGGUCACGUAGCCAUCUUGGUCGACCAUAUCCCAGAGAUCUCUGCUAGCCGCCCGACUAGCCAACAUCGUCCAAGCGGGCUAGCCAUCCAAGGCUCGUCUUGGACUCGGCCAUCCAUGGGAAGCCGUUCUCACCACAUUGUGUUCCCCUUCUUUGGUGGGGAAGAUGACCGAUUUGCUCUCCGAUUUGUGCUCCAAUUGGCGCAAAAUGAUCACGUCACAGCCACCAUUAUUCACGUUCCGGGCUCACAAUCAGAUUUGCCAAGGGGCACAGCGACCUCGAGUGCUGCAUCGGAUGUGGUUUUCUUCGAGACUAUUCGUGAUUCCAUCCCGGCAGAUCUCCAGGAACGGGUGGUCUUCCAGGCACCUGCAGCACAGGACACCAUCGGUGAUCCAGGCCAGGUGGCCCUUGCUGCUGUGCGGGCUGAGCUAGAUCAGAAUUCCAACAAGCCCGGUAGCAUUGUCAUCGUUGGGCGUCGUAGUUAUGCCGUAGAACCAACCAUCGUUGAACCCGGCGUCGAUGAGAUCUCCGUGGGAACGGGUACUCGUCAGGCGCUGGGAACCAUCGGAUCCCUCAUGGUUCGACCCGAGAACAAGGUGUUUAGCAGUGUAUUGGUUUUACAGGCCGGUACAGGUCAUCUGUCAGAUAUCUACCGUUGA